GUUCUUGUGACCAGAAACCUCAUCGGAAGAGCCGCAGCGCCAGUGAGCGACGGCGAGAGUGAGAGGAGGCGGAGUGUGUGUGAGAGAGAGAGAGAGAAAAAAAGAGGCAAGCGCGACCCUCGGCGAGUGGCACGGCCAAUUCUUGUCAGCGCCGCGGCCGAAUCUCUCACGCACGCGAAGCGCAAGUGGCCGCAGGAGGAGAGGCGUUUUGCCGCCGCCGCCGCUCGUGGCCAUGGCUCAGGGCUCCGACAGCAACGACGCAAGCUACAGGUCGCCGUCACCCGCCGGAGGCAGGCAGAGCUCGUCGGACGACGUGAAGAAGGUGAUGCGGCGGGAGAAGAACCGCAUCGCGGCGCAGAAGAGCCGAAUGAGGCAAACUCAGAAGGCCGACAGCCUGCACCUGGAGAGCGAGAGCCUGGAGAAGGAGAACGCGGCACUAAGGAAGGAGGUGAAGCAGCUGACGGAAGAGGCCAAGUUCCUGUCAUCGGUGCUGAGCAGCCACGAGCCGCAGUGCGCAGGCCUUGCCCCGACCUCCCCGGACCUCCCGUAUCCGCCUCCUCACCACCACCACCACCACCACGCCGCCUACCACCAGCACAUCGCCGUGCCACACUACCAACACUGACCUCACCCCAGCGGGAAGAUUGCCAGCCAUCACGUCACGUCGGCACCCUUGGGACCCCUUUUUAUUCUCCAAACGCUCGCAAAGUUAGGUACACCUGAACGACCCCGGUGUACCUAAUUCCGCGUGCUCUGUCGAAACGCAAACUCUUGUCGACCCACCGAGCAGUCUUUGUUUACAUGCUGAGAAAGAACCCUCGCUGAUUAUUCAUUUGUACGUUUCCGGUUUGUUCGAUUUUUUUUUUUUUUUUUUUUGCGGGGGGGGGGGGGGUCAUGAAGCCCAGUUUUUUUUUGCUGCGUAAAUCGAACCCCUCAAAAGCUCAGGCGAUGUAUUUCAAUGUUUUUGGGACCAAUUUGAUUGUUUGACAAAGCGAAUGUAAAGUCGAACCGAAGUUUGACGAAAGGAGAUAUUUAUUAAAUGUGGAAAUGCCUUGUGAUCUCCACUUCUCCUCA